AUGAAUACCUACAUUUCGCUAUGUGCUUGCACAAUGGUGACAUUCCUCCUCAGUCAACUGACAGAUCCAGAACAUAAGAUGCGAUUUUCUAUGGUACAUGUAGCAAAUUCAACACUGGCUGGUGGUGUUGCAAUUGGGACGACAGCAAAUGUUGUACUUCAUCCUCUCCACGCUGCAUUGGUUGGAACCGGAGCUGCCAUAAUAUCCGUGCUUGGAUACGCAUAUUUAACGCCAUUUAUGGCCAAGAAAUUUAGCAUACACGAUACAUGUGGUGUCAAUAAUCUACACGGAAUGCCAGGUUUGUAUGCUGGUAUAUUAGGGUUUAUAUUUGCUGCAGCAUACGAACCAGCAAAGUAUGGAGAAAGUCUCGGUAUUAUUUAUCCAGCUAUGAUUGCUACCGAUGUUAAAGCUCGAACACCAAUUAUACAGGCUUGUUUCCAACUCGCUGGUUUAGCGUUAGUGUUAGGAUGUGCAAUUUUAAGUGGAGCCAUAACAGGUUUAAUACUAAAAUUAAAACUAUGGAAUCAAGUACGGGAGAAAGAGUAUUAUUCAGAUGGCGAUUAUUUUGAAACUCCUGGAGACUACGAUUUUAUGACACGAAUCAUUUCCAAGAUUGAUCAUGUUGAACUCACUGAACACAGUUAUUUGACUCAUAAAGACGGGUAA